AUGCGUUACUACGGUGCCUUCCUCUUGUCGAUUCUACUCGUCGUUGUUUCUUACCCGUCGACUUCACGCGCCCGAAGGGUCGCGCCCUUGAUCGAGGACGACUGGGCGAGGAGGCCUCAUCGUGCAGCCGAAUGCACGUUUGGCAAGCAGAUACGGGAACUGGGCUCCACCUGGUUCGCGGAUUUGGGUCCGCCCUUCGGCGUCAUGUACUGCAUCAAAUGCGAGUGCAUUCCGGUGCAAAAGAAACGACGGAUCGUCGCGAGGGUCCAUUGUCGCAACAUCAAGAACGAAUGUCCAAAGCUGUCGUGCCACGAGCCUGUUCUCCUUCCCGGCCGAUGCUGCAAGUCUUGUCCAGGGGAUUUCAGUACGGACAUAGUACAAGACCUACCAGCACAACUGACCUCCGAAGAAGAAGAACGAAGCCUGAAACAUUUCGGGACCCUCAUAACCGGUCGUACGUCUCAAGCGUUGCGCCGCGACGAGCCCAGCCCGACAUCCAUGUACAACAGUGCCUAUAACUAUAUAGCCACCGGUCGUUUCACCUUCCACCGGAAGAACCUCUACUACGCGUUCUACCUAUCGACAUCAACGCCCCGUCCGCGCAGCAUACAGUUCGUGGACGGUUCCGGUAGCAUCCUCGAGGAACAAACUAUCGAUCCUAUCGGCGGUGUCUACCAGAACGCGACUGGGAAGCUCUGCGGUGUCUGGAGACGAGUUCCACGGGAUUACAGGAAGCUGCUACGCGAGGAACGUCUUCACGUCUCCUUCAUAUGGGAGCCAUCGGCCACACUGACGGGACAAUUGUCACGAUAUCGUGCCCUGUCCACGGAGCAAUUCUCCUCGCUACUGGAACCAACCAUGGGAGUGGAUCGUUCCCUGAUGUCUGGGGCUGGUGCAACGGCCAUAGUCUCAGCGUCAUCCGCGUCAGCUCCUUCGAUCCACGUGUCGUUGGUCUUCAACGGUGUAUUUCUGCCGAACGACGUGUCCGAAGUGCCUCUGAUCGUCCAGUUAGAACACACGGAGAAGGACUAUGUAGUCCUGCGUGAAGAGAUAGUGGUGAAAAAGCCAUCGAACGAGCUGAAUUUCGGGGAGGUUCGAAGCGCUUUGUCGGGGGCAGAUCUACGUCUACUGACCAGAGGGAAAUUAUCCAUCAGUAUAAUGUCUCGGAAAGACCCACAGGCGCUUAGACUAGCCGGUGUGGUAGGACCCAGAGCUACCUGCGACAUGUACCAAACGUUGCUACAGUCGGAGACUCCAUCCGCCGCGUCUGGAAUCGCCUGGGCGUUCCUGGACCGUGCUGGUUCCCUUCGUUACGGUGUCCAGCUGAUAGGCCUAGAAGAGGAGAGUCCUUUGGUGACUCUAGUCGACGAGGGUGGGAAACGUCGAACGGAGUUAGAGGAUCUGACCCCGUCAUUGGUGGACGGUCUAGCCAAUGGGUCCUUGGACCGUCCAGGUCCGAGGUUGCUGGAACCGUUGUUCAACGGAGAAUUAUCGGUGGUCGCGGCCUCGCAUGUUGGAUCGAUGUUGCGCGGCAGAUUGCUCCAGAGACCAGUCGCUGACGCACGGGACACCACCGCGCCUGUUUUGCUCAGAAGACUCUCCCAGGAGCCUGUUCAUCCUGGGCCGGUUGGGUUGGUUUGGACCGCGGUGGAUCUGGACUGUUCGUUGCACUACGAGCUCGAGAUCGCUGGAUUCCCGCAGACCUCUUCUGCGUCGAACAAUCACGAGCCGCGUACGUUCCAGCUUUACUUGGAGACGAUGCCGCUUCUGGCCCAGGGGGCGCCGGUCGCUAGAAGACUACUGGAGGAGUUCACCGGUUACGUUCUCGAGGGUUCUGUCACCGGGCUAUCGCCUGUCGAGCUCUAUAGAAUCGAGUCUGGUAUUGGAUUUCUCGAAGUAACCGAUAAGCAGUCGGACAGGAUCUUGAAGGCACCGUUCAAAGCCAGGGCGCCAAUGAGCUGUCUGCCCCACUACGCGGACAACGACGUGGCCUCGGUGGUUGCGUAUAACCUUCAUCCGCCUAGGUCGGAUAUCGAGACCGGAGCUUGCUACCAUGAGACCAGGUUCUACGAGGAGGGCACCCAGUGGACGUCAAACAGCGACCCUUGUUCAAUGUGCCAUUGCUACCGGGGUCUGGCGCAGUGCGACCCGGUCCCGUGUCCAGCACUCACUUGUCCUCAGGCGAAGCAACUGAAGGCCCCUGCCGGACACUGUUGCCCUAUAUGCUCAGGUCCAGGAAUCAACAUGAACGCGACGGGGAAGAACGUUAGCUCCAUAACGAGAGGCUGUACCCUGGCUAGCCAGUUUCAUCUGGCGGGAGCGUCUUGGCAUCCUUAUCUACCGCCUGUAGGAUUCGACACGUGUGCAGUCUGCACUUGUGACCCGAUCACGCUGGAGGUGAAGUGUCCGCGGGUACACUGCCCGCCGUUGGAUUGCGACGAGAAACUGGCGUUUAGGCCGAGCAAGAAGGCCUGCUGCAGACAGUGCCCAGCGACGACGCCUAGUACCUUGAACACCGGCGUACCCGGCGACACGUCGCGUUUGCCGCGUGACCAAGCCGCGCCGUCGACCAAACGCACCGCCGAGGAGAUACUAGCCUCCGGGGGCUGCAAGAACCCCCUGGGCGGACCGUACGAGAACGGGAUGGAGUGGCAUCCACGGGUCCACUCGCACGGCGAAAUGAAGUGCGUCAAGUGCAGGUGCAAGAACGGCGAGGUGAAGUGCGACCGGAAACGGUGUCCACGGGCGCUUUGCAACUCGAUCGCCCAUCAGAUGAAACGGGGCGAGUACGUGGCGGACGUGGACGACUGUUGCACGGUACAAUGCCGUCGCGCGAGGCGUCAUCAUCGCAACAACAAUCAUCAUCCGGCCCGGCACUCGGUGACGCCGCGCGAGCUCAGCUGA